CUAUAGAUAUUAUCUAUAACACAGUUUAGUACAAUCACCCCAUGUAUAUCUAUUAUCUAUUAGUACAAUAUUAAUCAGAUACAGUAAUGGUUUAGAUAUUAUCUAUGGUUUAGAUCACAGUAUAAUUCAGUUAAAAUUCAAUUUGGUAAGGGUGGUGAGGGAGUGGUGAGCUUAUGGUGCUUUGUAUAUAUCUAUUAUAUAAGAAGUCAUCUGAAGAUCUUGAAAAAAUAGAAGAAGAAGAGUUUGAAAGAUGCAUGAAUGAAUGGUCAGGUAAAAAGUUGUCUGAACGAAAAGGUCUCCCUCGCUUUUUUCACAGACUUCCACGAGAUGAAUUAAUUCGACAAAAAUUUCGUGAAGAAACAAGAUCAAACUUUCUUCAAAGAAAAAGCAAAGAAUUACUUGAUAACAAUGAAUUAAAAGCACUGUGGGCCCUUUUAGAUCAACAUCAAACUUCUCCUGAUGAGCAACUUAUUAGUUAUUCUGAUUAUCAAAAAUUAGUAUCCUCUGCAGGUGCUAAAGUUAAACCAUACUUAACCACAACUGUUUUUGCUAAAUUACAACAGGGAGAUCCUUACGGACGGGUUCCUAUUUUAUCCCUCUUUAAUUAUGUGAUGAGAAAAGUAUGGUUACAGCAAACAAGAAUAGGUUUAUCAUUGUAUGAUGUUUCUGGACAAGGUUAUCUUCGUGAAGCAGACUUAGAAAGCUACAUUUCAGAAUUGCUACCCACCUUACCUCAGUUAGAAGGUUUAGAAAGCUCAUUUCAUAGUUUUUACAUAUGUACUGCAGUAAGAAAAUUUCUUUUUUUCCUGGAUAGCUUAAGAGCAGGACGUAUUAGAAUUUUGGAUGUUCUUGCCUGUUCUUUUCUGGAUGAUCUGCUAGAACUUCGAGAUGAAGAGCUGAGUAAAGAUUUACAAGAACAAAAUUGGUUCAGUGCACCCUCAGCCUUAAGAGUAUAUGGGCAGUAUUUAAACCUUGACAAAGACCAUAACGGAAUGCUAAAUCAAUCAGAAUUAGCUGGUUAUGGUUCAGGAACUUUGACUCAACCUUUUCUACAAAGAGUUUUUCAAACUUGUCUAACAUACGGAGGAGAAAUGGAUUACAAAACUUAUCUUGACCUAGUUCUUGCACUAGAAAAUAGAUCAGAGCCUCAAUCUCUAGCAUUUCUUUUUCGAAUAUUAGAUUUAAAUGGGCAAGGGUACUUGGAUGCUUUCACAUUAAAUUAUUUCUUUCGUGCAAUUCAAGAGCAAAUGCGAUCACAUGGCACAGAACCAGUUAAUUUUCAGGAUGUUAAAGAUGAACUUUUUGAUAUGGUGAGACCAAAGGAUCCAGAAAAAAUUACAUUAGCUGACUUAAUUGCAUGUGGUCAGGGUGAUACAUUUAUAAGCAUUCUAAUCGAAUUUCAUAGAUUUUGGACAUAUGAGAACCGGGAAGCAGUUGCAGCUGAUCCUGUGCAAGAUUGACUGACUGACUAUAGUUACAAGCUUACCAUCGGAAGAUAUUUCUUUCCAUGGAUUUGGAGGAUACA